CAAGGAAGGAACCACCGUCGUGCACUGUUCACCACCGUCAAACGAACCGCCCUCGUGAAGGUUUUAAGGUCCAUUGUUCAAGCUUAACACAUAUGGCUGAAAGAGAGGCUGUAAGCUUGGUCAAAGCUGCGCUGACAAAGGACCAAUUAGAAGAAUUUAAGAAAUUGCCAUGGGGCCACCUAGUAUCCGUGUCAGACAUGCAAUUUUCUGGCCAAAUCAUCCAUUCUCUACUGCUGAGGCUAGUCAAGGACCAACCUAAAGAUGAGCUGUGGUUCUUGAUUCAAGGGAGGCUGUUGAAGUUUACGUAUGCUGAUUUCUGUCGCAUAUCCGGUCUCAAAUCAUCAGCGGAAAAUCCUGUCUUUAAUGAUGAUGAAGAAGUGCAUGGGACGCUAAUUGAUUUGUACUUUCGUGGAUCCACGAACAUCACGUACAAAAUGUUGAAGGACAAGUUGAAGUCAUUUAGGCGUACAAAAAAAGGAGAUCCUGUGAAGUUAGUGUCUGUUUGUUACAUUAUGACGGCCUUAAUUGCUCGGGAUAACAAAACCAAGAUAAAUUUGGACUAUUUCAAGUGGGCUGAUGAGUUCGAGAAGUUUAAGAUGUAUCCAUGGGGUUUGGAGUCCUAUAACACCAUGAUUGACAACUUCAAAAGUAUCAUGAAAGAGCAGCCCACCAGGUUCAGGCAAAGCAAGGCCUCAUGUGCUAAGUUCACUCUAUAUGGAUGUCCUUUUAUUCUACAGGUUUGGGCGUAUGAAAAUGUGCCUAACCUAGGCGAACAAUGCGCUGAACGUAUUGGUAAUGAAGAAAUUCCUAUGCUGAACUGGAAGGCCGAUGGAUUCUUUCAUGCACGCAAGUUGAACGAAUUGGUUUUCAAGGACAAUGAUGAUGUGGAAGAUGAAUCUGAGAAUGACAACUUGGAUGAAGAAGUUCAGGACAGGGGUUUCAAAGCCAAAGUGAUUGAUGAGAUUCAAGCGCUCCAGGAGCAUGUGGCAGCUUUGGAAAGCAGGUUGAAGUUGAUGGAAGACAGAUUCAGAGAACAGGGUGGGGUGCCAGAGAAGGAGACUGAGGUUGGUUCUCAACAUAAAGACGAAGUUGACUGUAGCAUAGGUGUUCAUGCAGAAGCAGGAGUACAGGAGGUUGAAGAUGAGCCAGCGCCCACCGAAGAAGUGGGUGCAGCUGUGGGUGAACCACCUGACCCAAUGACCGUAGUACAUGAUACUACAAAUUCAAAUGAGAUAAUAUCAUCCAUCCUUAUUGAAGUUACUGACGUUGUGACUGAACCAUCUGCACCCAUAGCCGUGGUAGAUGAUGAAAAUAAUGUUAAGGAGUGUGAUGCUACUACUGCUUCGAAUCAUAUGAUCUCACCUGCUCUUCUUGAAGUGGCUGCUGCUGAGUUAACUCCAUGUCGCCCAGCUGAAGAUGGUUUUUGGGAUGAUGUUGUGCACGACUUCCAGACCCUUCCCAUUCAGAUUCCCACGUCAAGAAAUAUCCAUGGAAUUACUUAUGAAACGGCCAAGAUACCCAUCCAAAUACGUGGUCAGCCCUUUUACAGACCCAAGAGCAAAGCGGAGGAAAGCCAUCACUGAACCGAGUCACACCAUCAACCCAAUCUUCAUCCAUGAAAGCCUGGAGGACUGGAAUGAACUGAAGGAUUGGAUAGAAGCAGAUGACAGUCAGCCUCCUUACUCUGUGGUUUUACUUAUUCCUGAUGAAUUUGAAGUGAGUAGAGGCUUUUUUCAAGACCUUGUGACAUGCAACUUGUGGUUGGCAACCUAUGUAAGUUCAUGUACACCUUUUUAUGAUGAUAUAGUGUGCAAUUUGAAGUACUUGACAUUGUUUUUUUUUGUAGCAUGUUGAUGCCCUAACAUUCAUUUUGAAUAGAGACAAUGCGCCGGAUAACACUACAAUACGUUACAAAUAAGAUUGUAAUUUGCCCUAUCUUGUGGAACAAAUAAUGAGGAAGUCCAAAGGCAAUGUCAAAGAUUGGGCUGCAAACAAACUUUUAACCAAACAAGAUUGGCGAUCAUUGGAAAGGGUUUUAAUUCCUUUGAACAUUGAAAACAAGCAUUGGAUUUUGGCUGAAGUUGUCAUUGAUAAGAAGCGGGUUAGGGUUUAUGACUCAAUGAAGACGGCAAGAAGUGUAUUUUAUGUUAGGGAACUGUGUGAACGCCUGCCCUACCUCCAUCGGGUGUUUACGAUGUCACUGGAAGAGGGUGAAGCACAACCAUGGGUUGCUGAGUUAGUUGAGGGUGUUCCCCAACAGGGUGGAGGGUCAGGAGAGUGCGGAGUGAUGAUUGCAGCCUUUGCAGAGCAUCUUUUAAUGGGAAAGGACUUGCUUCCAGGUUGUGAGUAUGCCAACAUGUGGAACAAGAGAUGCCAAUAUGCUGUUCGAUUGUGGGGAGUGAAGAAGGUGGAGGAAUCAUAGGAAUUCUUCAUUAGCUUGGGAAGCCUAUUUUUGUGGGUUAAUAGUCCAGCUUUGCAAACAUUAUGAAUUUCCCUGUACGAUGUGUGUGGAACAUUAUGUUUUCUUUUUGUGUUUGUUGCAAACUAUACAAAGGUGGCAUUUGAGAAAAAGCGGUUACAUGAACAUAAUUUCAGCAAAUGCAAUUAAGUUUUUUAUGUUAAUAUGUCUGGCAG